GCCCGCGCUUCCGCGUCGGGAGCCGGCGGCGGAUCCCGGGACGCGGAGACCCGGGGUCCCGGCAGCGGGGCGGCCCGCGGGCCCGGGGCUGGGAUGCAUCGCCGCGGGGUGGGAGCCGGCGCCAUCGCCAAGAAGAAGCUGGCCGAGGCCAAGUACAAGGAGCGAGGAACUGUCUUGGCUGAGGACCAGCUGGCCCAGAUGUCAAAGCAGUUGGACAUGUUCAAGACCAACCUGGAGGAAUUUGCCAGCAAGCAUAAGCAGGAGAUCCGGAAGAAUCCAGAAUUCCGGGUGCAGUUCCAGGACAUGUGCGCCACCAUCGGCGUGGAUCCUCUGGCCUCUGGAAAAGGAUUUUGGUCUGAGAUGCUGGGCGUGGGAGAUUUCUAUUAUGAGCUGGGUGUUCAGAUCAUCGAAGUGUGCCUGGCCCUGAAGCACCGGAAUGGAGGUCUGAUAACUCUGGAGGAACUACAUCAGCAGGUGUUAAAAGGAAGGGGCAAAUUCGCACAGGAUGUCAGCCAAGACGACCUUAUCAGGGCCAUCAAGAAGCUGAAGGCGCUCGGCACCGGCUUUGGCAUCAUCCCCGUGGGUGGCACCUACCUCAUUCAGUCUGUUCCGGCUGAGCUCAAUAUGGACCACACGGUGGUGCUGCAGCUGGCGGAGAAAAAUGGCUACGUGACCGUCAGCGAUAUCAAAGCCAGUCUUAAAUGGGAGACCGAGCGAGCGCGGCAAGUGCUGGAACACCUGCUGAAGGAAGGGCUGGCCUGGCUGGACCUACAGGCCCCCGGGGAGGCCCACUACUGGCUGCCCGCUCUUUUCACGGACCUCUACUCCCAGGAGAUUACGGCCGAGGAGGCCAGAGAAGCCCUCCCCUGACUCUGGGAGCGCCCGGGGGGUGGGGGCCCGGCAGCUGGCAGGGAGAGGAAGGGAGAGCGGUUGGCGAAUAAAACCCGAACAACUUUG